UUGACUUUAUAGGUAAGGUGAGGAGGGUGAAAAUAGAGCCCAGAAUUAGAGCUAAAAGUUUGUUUCUAGCACAGUGAAGAGCAAUACUUAUAUACAUAAAAAAAGUAUUGGUAUGUGAGUGGAUUACAUACAUACACACAAUUCUAACUUUAGGAUAAAGGUGUUUCUCAUUUCACUGAUAAAUAUCCAUUUGGAUUACAACAUCCGAAGUUUACUAGGGAAAUUAAACUUCUAUUGCAAAAAUUAAGUGUUUAGAUUGAUGACGUCUUCUCAGGCCAUAUGAAGAAUAUGUAAAUGAAACCAAAAAAUGGAAGUAAAACUUUAGAGGAAUGUUCGAAAAUGAAAACUAUUAUGUUCCCUAUUUAAAAGCCACAAUAGAAGGAAUGUCCUCAGAGAACCCAGGGUCCAAGGUUCAACCAGACAUCCAGCUCAGCCAAGCCAGCAGCAUCUUCAAUUCUCCCAAUGGCUUUCCUGCUCUUUCUACUGACAGCCCUGGUGGUGUUCGGCUGUGGCCCUGCUCCAUCUCUGGGCUGUGACCUGUCUAAGAAACACACCCUGACUAGUAAGAAGACCUUUGUGGUUCUGGACCAAAUGAGGAGACUCUCCCCUUUCUCCUGCCUGAAGGAAAGAAAGGACUUCAGAUUCCCCCAGGAGAUGGUGGAUGGCAGCCAGCUCCAGAAGGCCCAGGUCAUCUCUGUCCUCCACGAGAUGCUCCAGCAGAUCUUCAACCUCUUCCACACAAAGGACUCCUCUGCUGCUUGGAACACAACCCUCCUGGACCAACUCCACAGUGGACUCUAUCUACAGCUGGAAGAUCUGGAGGCCUGCUUAGUGCAGGUAAUGGAAGAGGAAGAAUCUGUCCUGGCGAUUGAGAGCUCUGCACUGGCUGUGAAGAGGUACUUCCAGGGAAUCCAUUCCUAUCUGAAAGAGAAGGAAUACAGUGACUGUGCCUGGGAAAUUGUCAGAGUGGAAAUCAAGAGAUCCUUCUCUUCAUCGACAAACUUGCAAGAAAGAUUAAGAAGAAAGCAUGGAGACAUGGGUUCAUCUUGACUCUCAAUGGCUGAUAUGCCAUAUCACACUUGCAUACAUGUCUCUCAUCAUUUCAAAAGACUCUUAUUCCUGCUUUAGGAACAGAAUUUAUUGAAUUGAAUUCAGCAAUUACUUUGUCAGUAGUAUUAAGUAUAUGUUAAAAAUAGUCAGCUGCAGGGACAUCAGUCCCUAAGAGAUGACUUCCCUGAUUUUUUCAAUGUUUAUGUUUAUUUAUUCAUUCUGGCUUAUAUUUAUAAUAUUUAAAUGUUUUCAUAUAAUAAAAUGUUCACAUUUAC